AACGCGCUGCCGCUCGCCCGUGUCACGGUUUCGGUGCCGGUAUGCAUUCGCAGGGAUGCCCGGGAACCAUGGGAAUACCACUACCCAACUGCGUUUGGGAACCAAUAUGUUGAACACACUCUACUUGUCUGACUGAAGGACCGAACCUGAGCGGCGAAAGACAAAUGAUAAAAAGUUAAUAAUAAUAGACUUUCCUGUGAAAGCACAGCGACUCCUGACCCCCACUCAUUCAGCCAGCAUCUUCCCGAGUCGGAUGGCUCUGAACGACAAGAUGCAGUAAUGGAAGUCCACGCAGCAUUCAGCACUGUAGCCAUGAAGCAGCUGAAAGGGUAGGGUCUGCCGUGAGCUCGCCUCACCCUACCCGACCACCCACCCACCACCCUACGUCGACGCAUAACCCUGCAGCUCUACCCUUCUCCGCAACCCUCCCACCACCUCCUCCACCACGGCUUUGGAAGACGAACAUGACGUGCAUUGCGAAGACGCUGGUUGAUGUCUGAUAGAUAUACCUCUGAGGUGUCGAGCGUAAAACCAGUGGAGCAAUGAAUGGCGGAAAGGACUGUGAGGCGGGAGAUGAGAGGCAGGCCGUCCCUGUCCAGGUCCCCAUUGGCUGGCAGCGCAAGGCGGAGCACGGCGGCGGGGUCGUAUAUAUAAGUCCCAGUGGCUCGCUGCUGUCCAGCUUGGAGCAGGUGAAGACCUACCUGCUGACAGAUGGAACCUGCAAAUGCGGCCUGGAGUGCCCACUCAUCCUCCACAAGGUGUUCAACUUCGACCCAGGGGCAGCUGUCAAGCAGAGGACAGCGGAGGAUGUGAAAGCAGAUGAAGACGUCACCAAGCUCUGCAUUCACAAGAGGAAGCUUCUGGCUGUGGCCACGCUGCACAAGAGCAUGGAGACGCACCCACCUCUGACGCUGACCAGUCCAGGGGGAGGUACAUCGUCUGUGGUCGCUGCGCAUUCCACGUCUCAACGAGCAAUAAGGACUAAACCCCACGAUGGUCUGCCCAACGCUGUCGGCCCAGACUGCAAGAAUCCUUUCAAGAUGAUGAUGGCAGCUGGACAGCAGCAGCAGAGGCUGUAUCCACCCCAGGAGAUGGGUGGAGGCCAGCAGCCCGAGCUCUACUCUGGGUACCCCAGGCCGCAGAGGCUGGGCAGUGGGGAGCCAGGCCCCAAAUCCCCUUACCGGGUUGGGUACGGAGGCAUGCUGAGCCCACCUCCCUCCAGUGCUAAGCUGUACGGAGAUGGCUCACAGUCUCCCAGUGCGGACACUCUGGGCAGCCCUGAUGGCUUUCCAAGGACCAAUCCUUGUGGGUUUCCAGGAAGUCCUGGCUCGGCCUCCAUCCACGGGAACACCAGGACGCCUCUUUCCCCACCCAGUGUAAUGCUCCAUGGCUCCCCUGCGGGCCAGCCAUCCUGCGCCAUGACAGGGAGGACUAGCACGCCCCUCUCCCCCACGGCCACUGCCAAAAGCCCUGUCAUGAACAUGCCUCGGGGGAACUUCCCCCCUGGUAUGGAUAUGCCCCGUGCAGCGUUUCACCAUAAAACACAGCCCCCUGUGCAUCCUGUACCACCACCUCCAUCCAUACCACCAUCCUGUGCCCUUCAGAAAAGGCAGUUGACCUCCGAAAAAGACCCAUUAGGCAUCCUGGACCCCAUCCCCAGCAAGCCAGUCAGCCAGCCCCCCACCAACGCCCCCAACCCCUCCAACUUCCAGCCUAACAUCCACUCUCAGGUACAAAUGAUGAAUGUAAACAUACCCCCUCCCGCCAUCGUUCCCUUGCCAAGCAACUUACCUUUACCCACAGUGAAGCCUGGGCCUGUGGGGCAUGGCGGCCAUGUUCAAAGGACUCAACAGGGUGGUCCGGCUUCCUCCAUGUCCCCCUCCCCUGUCACUUCCCCUGUCCACAUGGCGGGGCCUGCCCUCGGGAGAAUGGAGGCCUCCCCUCAUCGCUCACGCUCAUCCUCCACUUCCUCUGACCACGGGAACUUUGCAAUGCCCUCGGGGCACCAGGCUCCAUGUGGCAACAUGAAGGUCCCCCCUCGUUCCCCCAGGUCUGCCAUGGGAUCUCCCAGACCAGCCAUGCCCUCCAGCCCCUCCACCAACAAAACUGACCCACACCACCAGUACAAAGACUCACAGCUGCUGCCCGGGAUGGGAAACUCGAUGGGCACCCAGCAGCACAGCAACCCCAUGUACUCACCCACCUCUUCCUCGUCGUCGUCCUCUUCUAUGGCAACCCCCAGCGCUUCCCAGAAGGGCCACCCAGGACUCCUGGGGAUGCCCCUCAACCAGAUUCUCAACCAACAGAAUGCCGCUUCCUUCCCCGCCAGCAGUCUCUUGUCAGCCGCAGCCAAAGCACAGCUAGCAAAUCAAAACAAACUCAGCGCUGCUGGCAACAGCCCUGCUGGCAUGGCUGGAGGUGGUGGUGGUGGAAUGGCAGGCAUGGGGGCAGGUGGCGGAGGUAAUGGAGGAGGUGGCGGACACCCUGGCUCUUUGAGCGGCCCUCGAGGCAUGGAGGGACACAGCACUUUAAACUCAAUGCUCCCGCCAAACUCCACCAUGCUGCUCAACACUCCUGAGGGCCAGAGCGGUCGGGCAGCUCUUAGAGACAAGCUCAUGGCCCAGCAGAGAGACCCCAUGCGCAAACGGAAGCAGUCGUCAGGCAGCGCUCCUGCAAACCACGACAACAGUAACAACAUGGUCUACAACAUGCUCAACAAACGAGGCAUGGGAGGACCACACAUGGCAGGGCCCAGUGCCACCGAGCAGCUGCGGAAAGUGGGCCGACUCGGAAACCUUCCGCCAAACACCUCCAUGGCCCAGCUCCUCCAGUCCAUGAGCUGCCAGAGCUCCCACAACAUGGCUGGGAACAGCCAUCGUCCAGGUCUUAGCCCCGGCCCGGGGCCUCAAGGAUCUGCACAGCUGCACUACAACGACAGCACAGGUAUGGUCCCCAGUGGGCCUCAGCAGAACCUCCUAGCUCAGCAGAGGCUGCGGGGUCCAGGAGACGCCAUGCAGCACUGCCAGAACAUGGACACGUCUGGGGGCCAUCUGGGCUCUCGUCCGGGCCAGUUCCCCGACAUGAUAGCCCAGAUGCAGGCCUCCUCCAUGAGUAACUGUGGGCCUAUGGGGCCAGGUGGCGGACCGGUGGGGCCUGACGGCAUGCCGCUGGGACGCCCCAACACUAACCCCCCGCCGCUGUCACAUCCUGGCCCUCACCCAUCACAGCAGAACCUCCUCCACGGUAUGGGACGGACUACCAUGGUGGUGAUGUCACAUGGAGGAGGUGAUGUAAGCUGUACACAGACCAUCUCUGACACAGGAAACCCGUCAUCCCUUGGCUGUGGUAUGGGCGGCCUGCAGCCACACGUCAACGCCGGCGGAGGUCCGAUGUACCAGCAGCAGGUCCACCAGGGCAUGCAGCAGGGUGUGGCCUCCCACCAAGCCUACCAGGGGCAGCAGCACUUCUCUGACAACCCACCGUACACAGACAGCAACAACGCCACCGCUGGCUCCAUGGCCUGCCUCUACCAGAACUACCAGCCGGGGAUGUUGUCGCACCCACAGUUCAGGGAGGGGCAGCAGCCCCAGAGCGAGGGUGACAGGGGGCCCGGUGGAGGCCCAGAGUCGGUGGACGCCAUCUACAGAGCCGUGGUGGACGCCGCCAGCAAGGGCAUGCACGUUACUAUUACCACCACAGUGAGCGGGACCACACAGGCGAGUCCCGUGCCUGCCCUCAGCGCCAUGAGUGCCUUCACUGCCUCGAUAGGGGAGCCUGUCAAUCUCCCCCAAGCAGUUAGCACAGUCCUGCACGGGCACCAGGAAGGGGAGGCGUUACCCCAGCCAGCCAGACAGAGGCAGGUGAGGCCGGGUCGGGGUCAGAAGAACAUGGAUCCAGGGAAAAGCACUCCAGAUGGCCCCGAGGCCAACGACUACUUCCGUUCUCCUGGCCGCGGCACUCCCAGGGGGCAGUGGGACGGGGAGACGCAGCACGGGGCAGGCUUCGACGCUCACAGUAACAACAGCGCCUGGGGCGGCGAGGAGUUCCUGGAGUGCUCUACCCAGGUGAGGAGUAGUCCCUGCAUGGAGCGACCCGCCAGCCUGGCCCCCGCCCCGCCCUGCCCCACUGAGGGGUCCAACGACCACGGCCUGGUCAUGGCUCACGAUAAAGCCUUUCUCGAUGACGGCUAUCGCUUCAACAACUGCAACCGGACACCUGCUAACUACAAGGAGCGCCUGGAGCAGACGGUGGAACGCUGCGUCCACAUCAACGGCGCCACCCCCCACUUCAACACCCGGGGUUACGGAGACAUCCUGGGCCCCCCUCGGCAGGAGCUGACGGGGGACGACCAGUCUCCCAGCUCCUCCACGAGCCUGGAGGGCCCUCUGGCCACAGCCAAAGACUACAGCCACUACAACGGCCACUUCAACGGUAUGGCGCCCAGCCCCUCGGACACAAAGAGCCUGAGCAGCGAGGAGGACCUGCGGCAGCCGGACUCUCCCUCCUCAGAGCUGCUUCACUACCGGUCCAGGACCUUCAACAUGGGAGAGCUGGUCUGGGGCCAGCUGAAGGGCUUCCCACCUUGGCCUGCCAAGCUGGCCGGGGACGAACAAGUGCACAGCGCUGCUAUGCAGCUGCGGGAGCAGGCCAAGGUCGAGCCAGAGAAGCUAAAAACACUAACUCACGACUUGGAGGCACUCGCCGCCAAAAGAGGCCUGAAACAGGGGAAACUGAAUAAUCACUUGGAAGCUGCUAUCCACGAGGCCAUGAGCGAGCUGGAUAAGAUGUCGGGCACAAUCCCAUCGAGGGAUCGUCAGGUGAAGCUCCCCAAGCCUAAGAGGAGGAAGAUAUCCAGAUAACAUUGAAUGUGUCGGCCCAAGAACGUCCUCAAAGCCUUCGGAGACUUCGUCCGUUCCGCCUUGAUGCGAUCUGAGCUCUCUCACAGGUGCUACACAUGGACUUUCAGUGGUACAUCCUUGUUCCAUGAUCUCAACUUGACUUAAUGACUGACCACAGAAGGUGCUGGAAAUUCCAAUCACCGAUACAGUUUUAACUGUAGA